AUGAAGUUCCCUCUAGGAAGCCUGUCCCUCUGGCUUCUAUGCCUCGUUCAAUGGGCAUCUGCGGCUACGGUAUUCUUUCCAGUUACCUUGACGUGGUCGAACAGAACCGUGGCAGGAGUAUCUAGGCCAGUGAUUUCAACAAACGGCCAGUUUCCUGCUCCCCCGCUGCGGAUCAACCAGGGUGACACUGUUCAUUUCCUCGUCGAUAAUCGGUGCCCGUUCAAUACAACUAUACACUUCCAUGGAAUUGAACAAAUAGGAACACCUUGGUCUGAUGGAGUCCCCGGUGUCUCGCAGAGAUCGAUUAGACCAAACUCUUCGUUCCUGUAUAAGUGGACAGCAACCGAGUACGGGGCUUACUGGUACCACGCGCAUCACCGUGGCUCUCUCGAAGAUGGGCUUUUUGGGCCAAUCUAUAUCACUCCUGCCCCCUCGGUGCAGAAGCCUUUCAGUCUUAUCACAACCAAUCCUACUCAGCUGAGGGCCAUGAUCCGCGCAGAGAGCGUUACCUGUCCCGUCUUGCUUUCGGAGUGGCGUGUUUUCACGUCGGAGGAGAUCUGGGCUGCCCAGUUGGCCUCUGGUGCAGACUCAUUCUGUGCCAAUGCUUUGCUCAUUAAUGGCAAAGGGUCCAUCACCUGUCUGCCACGUGCUGAGAUCGACGCCCUGACAACAGACCUUCAGAGAAUAAGUCUAGGUGAUAAUCUAAGAUUGACAGAUAUGGCAUGCUUCCCACCCAACAUCACCGACACAGUAUUUGACUUCCCACACAACUACGAGGUCAUCCCCCCAAUGAUGUUCGAAGGCUGUGUACCAUCCCAAGGUCCCCAAGAGAUCUUCUAUGUCAACGCAGCCCACCAAUACGUAAGCUGGGAUCUCACCAGCACAGCCGGUCUACUAGAGCUCACCUUCUCAAUCGACGAGCACGACAUGUGGGUCUACGCCAUAGACGGACGAUACAUUCAGCCCCGAAGAGUCAACGCACUCACCAUCCCAAACUCAAACCGCUACUCGGUAAUGAUCCCCCUCAACAGACCAGCCGGAGACUACACCGUGCGCAUGGUCAGCGCCAGCAUAAAUCAGAUCCUCAACACAACCGCCACAAUGCGAUACGAAGGCUUCCGCCAGCUAAACCGCCCAACCAACCCGUGGAUCCAAAUCAACAACGAACCCGCCAGGCCAGACACCGUCUUCCUCGACGAGAACAGCGUCGUCCCGUUCCCACCAAUCGUCCCUUCAAACGAUAUUGCACAAACCUUCUUCCUGCAUAUCAACCAGGUCGGCCGUGCUUUCCGCUGGAGACUUGGUAAUACCAGCUACGGCCUCGAGCUCGAGGAGGCACAGCCUCUGCUCUUCAACCAGAACUCCAUUCCCAGUGACUUGAUCAUCAGAACGAAGAAUAAUACCUGGAUCGAUCUGAUUCUUCAGACGGAUACCAUUCUCCAGCCCCCGCAUCCGAUCCACAAGCACUCGAAUAAACACUUUAUCAUCGGUCAGGGAAAUGGUACCUUUACCUGGAAUUCGGUCGCGGAAGCUGUUCAGGCUGUUCCUGGUAACUUUAAUCUGCAGACGCCACAGUAUCGUGACACAUUCCAUACACUGCCAGCUGUGACGGGUUUGACUUGGACGGUACUGAGGUAUCAUGUUAUUAAUCCUGGUGCAUUCAUAAUGCACUGUCAUAUUCAGGUUCAUCAGAGUGGUGGGAUGGUCUUGGCGAUGUUGGAUGGGGUUGAUGUUUGGCCUACUGUUCCCCUGCCUUAUAGGAUUGCUGCUGGGUUUUAG